AUGAAGCCUCAGACAUUCGAUCAUCCUCCAGAUGGUGGAUGGGGGUGGUGUGUGUUAUUUAGUAGUAUGGUGGUUCGCCUAAUGGCGUUUGGAACUUCCUCUCUGGCUGGAGUUAUCAUUCGAGCUCUGCAAUCGACCUUGACCGACAAUUCUGCCGUUGAUACUAUUUGGGUGACAUCUCUAUACAUUGGUUUUUCGUUGUGUAUGUGCCCCGUUGGUGCUUAUUUCAAUGACAGAUAUAGUACAAGACCUGCGAUGAUUAUAGGCGCUACUCUGUCAACUGUCGGAUUGUUCCUGAGUUUCUUUGCUUCUAAGGUGCAUUAUCUUCACAUAUCUUACGGGGUCAUGACAGGUAUUGGACAUGCUUUUUUGCAUGCAGCACAUUUACCGAUUCUUGCAAAAUAUUUCGACAAACGUUUUGCCUUUGCCACAGGGAUUGCUUGUCUCGGAGGUGAUUUGGGAUAUUUCUUGUUCUCUCCUAUGAUCCAACUGUUUGUUGAUAAAUAUGGAUUGCGGGGAGCAUUCUUGGUUAUGUCUGCAAUCAACGCACAUGCAUUUGCAUGUGCCACAGUUAUGCGUCCAAUCAACGUAAUCAGCCAAGACAAAGUAAAUCCAAACCCGAACGAGUCAACCAAUGGUUGUUGCAAGAAAAUAGUUCACCGUCUUGGUUUUCGACUGCACUGUACCCAUCAUGGUUUUGCUUUGAUGAUGUUCGCUACAUUUUUCGCAGCUCUGGCUUACUUCAGUUCGCUUUCACUGAUCAUACCACAUGCAGUUGAAAUUGGAGUUACAGAGCUAAAAGCAACGUUCUUAGUUGCAACAGUAGGUAUUACGAGCAUGGCAAUUAAAACUAUUCAAGGAUGGUGUAUAGACAGAUAUAAUAUUCGGGCCUUAUAUCUUUUGCCAAUGCUUAUUCUCAUGUUGGGAGUAUCACAGCUUACAAUGGCUGUAGCUACCACUUUCCCCGUGAUGGUUGUUUCGUGUGUACUCUGUGGAAUUUGCAAUGGGGUGUACUCGCCUUCACUUUAUAUGAGUAUAAAUGAAAUGGUGGGAGCCACAAAUUUUUCACGCGGAAAUGGAAUUAUUGUGUUGUAUUUUGGAGUUGCAGGCAUUAUUGGUUCACAAACUGGAGGUAAGAAUUUUUCUUUCGAAAAUCUAGUAAAUCUAAAGAAUCAAAUAACAGACUUUUUACGCAAAUGGUUGCUGUGA